UGCUUGGCUAGUUUGACUUUGCGCGCCACAAUGUUUGAUAAUGGAAACGCUGUAAGUCGGUUAAGUAGUUCCAGACGCCUUUUUUGGAGAAAUGAAUGCUUUGAAUCAGUUGCUUGAAUAGAAACGAGAAUGACAGUAUACAUGGCAUGGAUGACUUGGGCUGUACCAUUUGUUUUUUGAAGCCUUAAUUUGAUCCUCAAUGGUGCAUUGGAUUAAAUCAGGCGCUAAUGCGGAAAUAUAUCCAACAAUUUUUUUAAACCGGGGCAUUCCCAGAGAAACCGAGAGUCAUGCUAUCCGUAUACACAACACCAAUCUCCAUUCGUCUCAGUCGGUUUUCUUGGCUCAGGCUCGUCCAUUUUGGUCAGCGGGUGUGUGGAGGUCAAAAACGUCGCCUCUGACUCCGGAGUUUACACUCCGGAAGUGCACUUUCCCAAGCUUUCGCCUCAUCGAGCUCCCCCGGGAUGCUGGGUGGGAAUGACAAAAAUCUGUGUUUGGGCUCAGACAUGAGCAGCAACGGGCUUGCGAGGGAGUUCUGGUGGGAAUUUGCUACAAGGAAGCAAAGUUCGAUGGAGAGCAGUUUGGCUAUGCAGCUCUGUUAAAGAGACCGUGGCUUGGAGGAGAAAUUUGAUCCGGAGCCCAGAGGAUAAUGUUAGCAAGCAGCCAGGUUGUCGGAAAGACUCGGAGGUCUACUUUCAGGCUCUCUCUGGCUGUGGAGAAAACUUAUGACCAUUUCAAAUCAGAAUUUUAAAGUGCGUCAACCGAAUGUAGCAUUAGCUAGCUUAAUAUGCCGGCUAGCUAUCGAGGAUGCCAGCUGCUAGCACAAUGACUGGUGGGAGGGCGCUGCUGCUCUGUACAAACACUGACAACACUAUCUACCAAUCAGUCAACGGACUCCAUUGCUGCGGCUUGAAGAUUGGGGAGACUCCGUCGUCUGCGGUGCCCCGGCUCCAAGAGGUGUUUGGGCUACCAGGGGACGGACACAAGAGGGACUCGGGUCCUCCCGGCAGCAUGCUGACUCACAGGAGAACGGCCAGCGCCAGCGCCCCGAGGACUCCCAACGUGGAGAACGGACAGUGCGGCAAGCUGAAUAAGGGCCAAGUCGGAGUCAGGGCCGCGAGUAUCCGUGAUAAAAUCUCCCAAUGGGAGGGCAAAAAGGAGCCCAGCCAAGCCAUUUCCGUGGAGGCUUGUCCGCUAAGCACCACGCAGAAGGAAAUUGAGUCAGUCAGAAAAAAGGAAUUCAAACCUCCGGAGGUCCAACGGACAAACAGCAAGAGAUUUGUAAGCUGGGACAGGCAAGACUCAGGAAAAGAAAAUGCCGGAAAGCUCGGCGGGGAUGUGAGGACUAAAUCUCCGGAAGGCCUGAGCAACAAGGACAAAGAAAUCAUUCUGGAGCGAGGACUGCGGGCUACUAAGGCGACGCAACAACCCCAAGACAAGAAAACUGUUUUAACUCACGUUAAGAAACUGGAAAGAGCGACACAAGACGUCCAGAGUGGGACGUCGCUAGCGUUUCCGGGGAAUUACUUCUGCCCGCCAUCAAAGGAUGAGCUGGAAGAAACAGAAAAGCGCCUCACCGAACCAAUCUUCGGGACAGUCGGCUCCAGGUGGAGGAAAGAGGGCGAUGGUGAGAAUGUAUACAGCGAGCCGGGCGCUCCGUCCAUCAACCCUUUGCCCAAACCGCAGAGAACCUUCCAGCACCACACGCCGCCUUCCACCCCGGUCUCGAGGUUCGGCGGUUCCUGUAAAGGCAAGAGGACGUUGCCUCCUUUGCCUUCCAUCCCCCCUCCGCCUCUACCCACCUGCCCGCCUCCAGGAGUUUGCAGGAGACCUUGGACGGACAGAUCCCACCACAGCAGCAACAGGAAGUCUUACGAAUUCGAAGACCUGCUCCAGUCGUCCUCGGAAAGCUGCAGGGUCGACUGGUACGCACAGUCCCGCCUGGGCCUCGCACGCACUUUAUCGGAGGAGAACGUCUACGAGGACAUCAUCGACCCUCCAUCUAAGGAGAAUCCCUACGAAGACAUCGAGCUGGAGAGAAGUUGCCUCGGGAGCAAAUGUGUAUCACCUGCCUCCUCCUCACCCAUUCCUGACACUCCGGCUAAGUUGUGCUCCAAGCCUGGCUUCUUCAGGCAGAACUCCGAGCGACGGAGUUUCAAACUCUUGGAGUUACGCAAGACCAACAGGGACGCUGGCGUGUGUUCACCGUCACGCGUCAGCCCGCCGUCCACGCCAAGCAGCCCCGAUGACACCCCCUGCCUCUCCGGGGACCCGUACAACCGGCGACGGAGGAAAAUCCCCAAGAUGGUGAUAAAAAUCAACGGUAUUUUCGAGGCUCGGAGAGGGAAAAAGCGCAUGAAGAAGGUGUCGCAGUCCACCGAGUCCAGCUCAGGGAGAGUGACCGACGAGAACAGCGAGUCAGAAAGUGACACGGAGGAGAAGCUAAAAGCUCAUAGCCAGAGGCUGGUGUCGGUCCAGUCCAUGCUGAGGCAGACGGGGCGGUACCGGACCUUGGACAGGGAUCUGAUGGAGGACAGAAAACUUUUUGAGUACUUCAUUGUGGUGGCACUCCACAAGACCAAAGCUGGAGUUCCUUAUCUGCCGGAAGUCACGCAACAGUUCCCUCUUAAACUUGAACGCAGCUUCAAGUUCAUGCGGGAGACAGAAGACCAGCUGAAGGUCAUCCCUCAGUUCUGCUUCCCCGACGCCAAAGACUGGGCGCCGGUCGAUAACUUCCCCAGUGAGACAUUUUCAUUCGUGCUGACCGGUGAGGAUGGAAGUCGUCGAUUUGGCUACUGCAGACGAUUGCUGCCCAGCGGUAAGGGCCGAAGGCUCCCCGAGGUCUACUGCAUCGUCAGCCGCUUGGGCUGCUUUGACCUUUUUUCCAAGAUCCUGGACGAGGUGGAGAAGAGGAGAGCCAUCUCACCUGCGCUGGUGCAGCCCUUCAUGAGAGGCAUCAUGGAGGCUCCUUUUCCUGCUCCGGGAAGAACAAUCAGUGUCAAAAACUUCCUGCCUGGCUCGGGGACAGAGGUGAUCGAGCUGUGUCGGCCUUCCGAUUCUCGACUGGAACAUGUCGACUUUGAGUGUCUCUUCUCCUCGCUGAGUCUGCGUUUGCUCCUGCGAGUGUUCGCCUCCCUGCUCCUGGAGCGCCGGGUCAUCUUCACCGCAGACAAGCUCAGUACCUUGUCGCAGUGCUGCCAUGCCGUGGUGGCUCUCCUCUACCCGUUCACCUGGCAGCACACGUAUAUUCCCGUGCUGCCGCCUUCCAUGCUGGAUAUCGUGUGCACACCAACACCCUUCAUCGUCGGCCUGCUCUCCAGCUCUCUGCCUCGACUUAAAGAGCUUCCUAUAGAAGAGGUCCUGGUCGUCGACCUCGGCAACAGCCGCUUCCUACGACAGAUGGACGACGAGGACUCCAUUCUCCCCCGCAAGCUGCAGGCAGCUCUGGAACAUGUUCUGGACAAGAGGAGGGAGCUGGCCUCGGACAAAGGAGACCUGCUCAGUGGUGAGCCUUCAUCCUUAAUCUUCUUUAGCACAGAGGAGUCAAAUGAUGGAGCAGCACUCACUUUUCCCUUUUCAGAUUCCAGUUCACUCAGCACAGUGGCGUCCGAGGCAUUUGUGCGCUUCUUUGUGGAGAUGGUCGGCCAUUAUUCCAUCUUCAUGGGAGGCUUAGAGCGUGAGGACGAGUCACCCAGCCCCCCUCCUUCCUCCUCCUCCUCUUCCACCUGUUCCUCCUUUCAACGGGAGGCCUUUCGUAAGGCGGUCGCCUCCAAGAGUUUGAGGAGGUUCCUGGAGGUGUUCAUGGAGACGCAGAUGUUUACGGGUUUCAUCCAGGAGAGGGAGCUGCGCAGACAGGGCCUCAGAGGUCUGUUUGAGGUCCGAGCACAGGAGUACCUUGACUCGCUUCCUGGCAGUGAACAGCGACGAGUCAACAAAUUUUUAAAAGGCUUAGGAAACAAGAUGAAAUUCCUCUCCAAGAAGUGAUGCUCGGCGAUGUGAUGAUGAAAGAAGGCGGCGAAAAUAAAAAGGGUCGUUUUCAAAUGAAAGCAGGAACCUUAUAAUGGAAUAAACUCAUUCCUAGUUAUGUGUGAACUCUGACCCCAGAUGAGCUUUCAGUGUAAAGCAAAGCACAGUGUAAAUAUUUCAGGAACCUUCUGGACAACUCGUACAUUCCAACUCUUUCCUUUAGAAGUUUUGACAUAACUACAACUUCUUCAACAGGAGGCUUCACUUUAAUUUAUAUCCUUUUUUUUUUUUUCAAGUAAAUGUAAUCUGUGUAAAGAAAUCUAGUUUGUUCAUAGACUUUAUUUAACAAGGUCUAGACGUGGUCUGUUUGUUAAUGAAUUGUUCUGUAUGUUUAUCAUCAAACAAAAGGCAGAGGAGGAAAAUGUGAAGACGAGCAGAAAAUGAAUGUGUGGUAGGUCAAUCAAUAUCCAUGGGUUUGCCGUAACCUUUGAGAAUGGAACUUUAUAAAUAAAGUUGUAAAUUUGUAUUUGAUGGGUAACACUUUAA